AUGGGAGACCAAGGGUCAAGGUAUGUGAAGUUGACCAAAAGUAAAGAAGAAGCGCCAUUUAGGGAUAUUACUCCGGGAGAGCUUAACCAACCCAUUGAUGUGCCACAAUUAAAUGCUCGUAGAUGUCUUGAAUGUGGACAAGUUUUACCUGAAACAUACCAACCUCCAGCUGAUGAAGAUUGGACAACUGGAAUUUGUGGUUGUUUCAGCGAUAUUGAUAGCUGUUGGACUGGAUUAUUUUGUCCAUGUGUUUUAUUUGGAAAAAAUACUGAAACACUAAAAGAUGACAUUCCUUGGACCAGUGCAUGUAUUUGUCAUGCAAUAUGUGUAGAAGGUGGAAUGGCCCUUGCUGUAGCAACAGCAUUCCUCAAUGGAAUUGAUCCUGAGACAUCAUGUCUCAUUGCUGAAGGCCUUUUUUUCACUUGGUGGAUGUGUGGUAUCUAUACCGGUAUCUUUCGAAAAGCUCUUCAAAAACAAUAUCAUCUAAAGGAUUCACCAUGUGAUCCUUGUAUGGUACAUUGUUGUUUGCAUUGGUGUGCUAUAUGCCAAGAGCAUAGAGAGAUGAGGAAUCAUCUAUCUGAUAACACAAAUAGUGAUGGAACUAUUAUCAAUCCACCUCCCAUUCAAGAGAUUACAUCUGAUUUCAAUAAGGAGUCCACAUCAUUACCAAAAUCUUCUACAAAUGAUGAUGAAGAAAACAAUUUGCAAAUCCAACCUAUAUAG